AGUGUUUAUAUAUAAACAUAGGUAACAAUAACAACAGCCAAAUUACUAUUAGUCCCCAAAAAAGAACAUAAAAAUCAGAGAAUCAGGAAAAAGAAAGAGGAAAGGAAGAAAAUGGGGAAAUCAACUCCUGUGAAACAAGCGGCGGUGGUUUUGGGGGCGCUAGCUUUCGGGUGGAUGGCUAUAGAGAUGGCGUUUAAACCUUUACUGGACAAGGCUCGCUCCGCCAUGGACAACUCCGACCCUGAUCGGGAUCCCGACGACAUCGACUCCGCUCGCAAGGACGACUCCGACUCCGAUCGGAAGCCUAUCUCUUAUGCUGAUGCCGUCGCCAAGAACAUAGCGGGUGCAAGUUAGGGGCGAGAUUCUUGUGUUUGGUCCAGUCCAAGUAAUCAUGAAAGUAGGGUUCCUUUUUAUGAUAAAUGGAAUUAUGGUGUUAUCUUAUUUUAGAUUUCUUGCUGCUGCUUUUCUAGGUUAGCCUUAAGAAUUAAUGUUGAGAGAAGAGUUAAUUGGUGCUAUUUUUAUGUUUCUACAUUAUUAUGAUUAUUAGAUAAAGGCAGAGCCGAGUUUCCUACUUUGGCUUUUGUGAUUGAGAAAUGAAAAUGGUGUCCUUUUCUGGAAACAA